AUGUCUUCGCAGACCGAAUUUGACGAGUCCAUCAAAGGCGCCCUACCUCCAGACUUUAUCUGGGGAUGGGCCACAGCAGCCGCCCAGGUCGAGGGGGCAUGGGACAAAGAUGGCAAGGGCGAGUCAAUCUGGGACAAGUUUGCGCACACUCCGGGGAAGGUGAAAGAUGGAAGUACUGGCGACGACGCGGUGAGAUCCUACGAUCUCUAUAAGACCGAUGUUGAGUGGCUGCGCAAGUACAGGGCUACUGGCUAUCGAUUCUCACUGGCAUGGUCGAGAAUCAUUCCACUCGGUGGAAAAGAUGAUCCCGUCAACGAAGCUGGAGUCUCUUAUUAUAACCGGCUCAUUGAUGAGCUCUUGGCCAACAAUAUCACGCCCUUCGUUACACUCUUUCAUUGGGACAUUCCCCAGGCCUUAGAGGACCGCUAUGGUGGCAUGCUGAACAAAGACGCCUACACACCCGACUUUACCCGCUAUGCCCGCGUCUGCUUCGAGCGAUUUGGCGAUCGCGUCAAGAACUGGAUCACCUAUAAUGAACCGGGCGUAUACUCUCUUGCUGGUUAUGCCGCUGGCGUACAUGCACCCGCACGAUCAAGCUUCCGCGACCGCAACGAAGAGGGGGAUAGUAGCACAGAACCUUUCACCGUGGGACAUACUGAGCUCGUAUCCCACGCCUACGUCGCCGAUAUGUAUAAGCGCGAUUUCAAACCUACUCAAAAGGGGACCAUCAUGAUCACACUACACGGCAAUUGGUCUGAGCCUUGGGAUGUCCAUGAUCCCAAGGAUCAGGAAGCCGCCGAACGAGCGCGAGAGUUCGAAAUUGCGUGGUUUGCCGAUCCUUUAUACAAAACCGGCGACUACCCUGCUUCCAUGCGUGCGCAGCUAGGCGAUCGUCUGCCUAAGUUCACUCCAGAAGAAAGCGAGCUAGUUCUUGGCAGUUCCGAAUUUUACGGCAUGAACUCAUACUCGGCCUUCUACGUACGGCAUCGUGAUGGAACUGCUGAUAUCAAUGAUCACCUCGGCAAUAUUGAUAAGCUUGACGAGAAUAAGCAAGGCAAGUGGCGAGGUCCCAUGAGCGACACGUACUGGCUGCGAACGACACCCUGGGGUUGGGCCAAGCUGCUUCGCUGGAUCUGGAAUCGCUACGGCGUGCCGAUCUACAUUACUGAGAAUGGUACCACAGCACAAGGUGAGCACGACUGGAAGCCCAAUGGCGUCGAUGAUGUGCUUGAGGACCCAUUUAGAGUCGACUUCUACAAAAGCUACCUUACCGAGGUUGCCAAGGCGUCGCAAGAAGGCGUUGUAAUUAAGUCGUAUUUUGGCUGGACGUUCACGGACAACUGGGAGUGGGCUGCAGGGUUCUCAGAUCGAUUUGGGGCGACGUGGAUUGACUUUGAAAGUGAGGAGAAGACAAGAUAUGCAAAGAGAUCGGCGUAUUUUCUAGGUGACUUCUUUGAUCAUCUGAUCAGCAAGAACUGA